AUGGGAAGCAAAUACCUUGGCACACUGGUUAAGACACUCAUUCCAGAUCAUGUGCUCGAGCUCGUAUACUCUUUCUCGAUACCUGAUGUAAGGAGAGAAACAUCAUUGCUAGAUGUUGGGAAGCGAUUGUCGUUGACCGAGCUGAUAUCGAAGGCCAUAAAGCAGCCGGAUCCGUCAGGCCCCUUUCCUGUGCUCCGACGCUUAAACCGAGGUUGCUGCUUUAGCCAUCGCGAGAAGAACACGCGACUCAAAGGACACACCGUUCGAUUCCACCGUCGAACUGGGAAGCCUACCUCUCCGACGGAUACGAGUCUUUGGACAUUAUCAAAAGUGCAGAAUGUUCCUGGCACGAUGACGGUUGCAUCCUUCUUUCGAGAGUUGUACUCUCUCGAUACAUUGGAUACACGCUUCACAAACUCCUCCUCGACACCCCUGAGAACCGCGAACGAGACUACCUCCAAACCUGCAGAAAGAGAUGGAAAGGCAACGCCUGCGGAUGUGUCACCUCCGCGAUGGCGGACUCCAGAGUUCUACUUCUAUGCACUGGUCUUCCUGUUCUGUGUACCACAAAUGUAUUGGGCGGUGGUCGAGGUUUCGCAGCGUAAGAGACGAUACAAUUCCCGUGGUCAGGCACAAGUUCUGACAGGUACUGGAAUAGCCGAGUCCCCAAAUUACUCAAAAUAUGAAUACCUACUGUCUCCGGGCUGGCUCUUCGGCAGGAAAGUGGACAAUUCAGAUGGCCAGUAUGCCAGCUUUCGAGACAACAUCCCAUACUUAGCCGUUCUUGUCAUGCUUCAUCCAAUCCUGCGGCGUGUUUACGAACGACUGUCAGGAUCGGACUCACCUAUGGCUAAUGGUGAAUCGAAUCCAAAGCCUGGUGUCCAGAAUGCCGAGCAGCGCCUACGGCGUAGACUGGCGUUUGAUUUCUGGUCUGCCUUGGUCUACAUUGCCGCGCUAAACGGAGCGUCGAUGUUGAAGAUUCUCUUGAUUCUCUUCGUUAAUUUCAAGAUCGCCACUGCCCUCCCUCGGAACUCUAUCCCAGUCGCGACGUGGGUGUUCAACAUCACCAUACUCUUCGCCAACGAGCUCACCCAAGGCUACCGCUUCUCUGCCUUGGGGAAUGCUCUUGCUCCCAUUGUGCCUGCCGCGGCAGACUGGGGGAAAAUCCUCGACUCUUACGGCGGCUUGAACCCACGUUGGGAAGUGCUCUUCAAGAUCACCAUCCUGAGAAUGAUAUCAUUUAACCUUGAUUACUACUGGUCAUUGGAUCGCUCGCGGGCGGGUAGUCCUGUCGAGAAGAAGCAACUCGACCCUGCAGAACCGUCUGAGAAAAACCGAGUUGCGAUGCCAGCUCCCGCGUGGACAUUCGCAUCAUUCCGCACCUACAUCGCUUACAUACUAUAUCCGCCUCUGUAUCUUGCAGGACCUAUCUUGACCUUCAAUGACUACAUCUCACAAUGCACCUACCCACCACCAUCCGUUACAAACAAACGCACGACAUUUUACGGCAUCCGAUUUCUGCUCACUUUGUUCUGCAUGGAGUUCCUCUUGCACACCACAUAUGUGGUUGCAAUCUCGAAAGUGAAGCCAGACUGGUCCUCAUACACGCCUUUUCAGCUCAGCAUGCUCGCUUAUUUCAAUUUGCACAUCAUAUGGCUAAAGUUGAUGAUUCCAUGGCGUUUCUUCAGGCUAUGGGCAUUAAUCGACGGGAUCGAUCCACCCGAGAAUAUGGUCCGGUGUAUGAGCGACAAUUAUUCGGCAUUCGGGUUCUGGCGUUCCUGGCAUCGUAGCUUCAACAGAUGGACAAUCCGCUACGUGUACAUACCACUUGGUGGCGGCCCUGGAGGUGGAUCUGGACUAGUGAGAGGAAUCUUUAAUAUGCUGACUGUCUUUACCUUCGUUGCUCUGUGGCACGAUAUCAACUUGCGAUUGUUGAUGUGGGGAUGGCUAGUCACGCUAUUUGUCCUACCAGAGGUUCUGGCGACAAUGGCUUUUCCAAAGUCGAAGUGGAAGAGUCGACCGAACGCUUACCGGUUCAUUUGCGGGAUAGGUGCUGUGGCCAAUAUCCUUUUGAUGAUGGCAGCGAACCUUGUCGGAUUUGCUGUUGGAUUGGAUGGCUUGAUGGGUCUUGUCCACGGGAUUAUUGGUAGCUGGCAAGGUGCGGCGUUCAUGCUCGCAGCUUGUGGUGCCCUCUUCGUGGGCGUUCAGGUCAUGUUUGAGCACCGGGAAGAAGAGAAGAGAAAUGGUGUCAGGUUGAAAUGCUGAUGGGUUGCGUAGGAUUAGAUCCCGUCCCAGGAUCUCAUCGCAGCUUAAUGUAUGCGGCGUGACUCCAAAUUUCUGAUCUCAACGGGUACCCAGUGUUCUGGAGAAGACAGUGGCUGAAUAUGAAAUGGCUGAAGUUAAGUCCUCAUGGAGAGAUUUUGUGGAGAGAAGCAUUUUCGGAGACAGUCGCAAAAUAUUCCCACUUCAGGCGUG